AUGCAACCACCGGGCGAACGGGCCAGACGACAUGGACUCAAGUGCCAGCAACAUGCCGAUGACGCACAGCCCUGCCUGCGCUUCACCACAUCCGAUCACACCGCUGCCACCAGGACGGCCCAGUGCUUGGGUGAGAUCAGCUCUGGGAUGAAGAGCAGCCGGCCGAAGCUGAACCCGAGCACGACAGAGCAAUGCGAUUUCCCCGGGCACGAAAACGUCAGCACGUCGGACACUCCAACCAGAAAGCCGCCGCGCUGUGGCAGGUCUAUGGUCAUUGUGAGGCUCCCUGGCGGAAAGCGGGUGGAUGUGCGAGGGGUGCAGGAUGGACCUGGGGGGCAGAGCUGGGUGGGGCACCCAGGACUGGGGUCAGCUCUGGAUGGACCUCAGGAGGUAGCCACCCCCCCUCUUCAUCCGUGUGGCUGCCUGUGGGCCCAGUUCCACCCGCUACCAUCAGGUGGAGUCAGUGGGUCACGUGCGGCGUGGCGGAAGCUGCUUCUCCAGCCGGGCCAGGGUGACCUUUGCCCCUCCGCACUGCAACGACUCAGAGGUGACGUGGAUGCCCCGGACCCGGAGGAAGAAGAGGAGGAGGAUGUGGGGAACCUGGGCUCCAUGGAAGAGGACGAGAAAGAGCUGGACCUGACGGACCAGGAGAUGGAAGACCUGAGGGCCCAGUUGUUGCAGCUCCUGGAGGAGCUGGAGGAGGCGCGGGAGCUGGCAGUGAAGCACGAGGACGAUUCGCUGGAGCUACAGGGCUUGUUGGAGGACGAGCGACUGGCCAGCGCCCGGCAGGCUGAGAUCUUCACCAAACAGAUCCAGAGGCUUCAAGCUCAGAUGCGCACGCUGAAGGAUGAGUUCAGCUCCCUGCAGGAGACGAAGGCGUCGGAGCUGGAGCAGGUGGAGCGGGAGCUGCAGGAGGCCAACGAAGAGAUCCACGGCCUGCAGCUGGAGGCGGAGGAGGUGGCGGCCAUCCACGAGAACGAGAUCGCCGCCCUGCAGGAGCAGCUGUGCCGGCUGCAAGCCGAGCUGCAGCGCGUCCAGCAGGUCCGUGAGGAGUACGAGACGGAGAUCACCACCCUGCGCGCCGAGAUCACGAUGAAGGGCAGCGGCCAGGCCCGGGCCGAGGGCCGCGCUGACGAGGUGGCUAUGCUCCAAGAGGAGCUGCUGGCCCUGCGGGAGCAGUACCGGGACCUGAUGGAGGAGUACCAGACCCUGCAAGAGAGCAACAAGAUCAUGGUGCACCAGCUGGAGAACCUGGAAGCCCAGAAGUACAGAUCCAGGAGCAGGUCGGAAGAGUCUCGCAAGUCGACGGAGUCGGACGUGAUCCAUACCCCGGUGCGCCGGACCCUCUCUCCCCGGCGCGCCAGCCCCCGCCUGAGCGGCAGCGUCUCCUUCAAGACGGUGGACGACAUAAGAACCAUCAGCAGCCCGAGCUGCAAGAAGGACCCCCCGAGCCAGGCCGAGGAGUCCGACUCCGAGCUGAGCCUGCACUUCCAGCUGCAGAGUGAGGAGGAGAAGGUGCAUCUGGCCCAGAGCAAGUGUGACAACAUGCAGACCGAGCUGCGGGAGCUGCAGCGGCAGUACCAGGCCAUCCAGCAGGAGCGCCAGCAGCUGCAGGAGGAGCUGAAGCUGUGCCGGGCGGAAAUCCAGAGACUCAAAGGCAUCGUGCCCGCUGACGGGCGGGUCCCGGCCGGGGGGCUGAAGCCCGUCAUCCUCUUUGCAGUAGCUGCAGCCGUCUUGCUGCUGUACCCCUGCCUGAAGCGGUCCUGCGCCAGCACCGUGCCGGCCUGAGGAGCGCCGCGCCCGGGCCAUGCCACGCACGCACACCAGAUCCGCACAUAGGCCCCCCGCCCCCCCCAGCCUGCUCCAGCCCCCACCCCCGGUCAGUCACACCAUGGCAGCAUCUGCCCCCACGUUACUGGCUCUCUCCAUCCUUCGGGGCUCAGGGUCAGGGACGCUGGAUCUGUGGGGCAGGGAAGGGAGACUGGAGGAUGCUGCUCUGGG